GCCGUACGCAGCCAUGGCGUACUCCACAGUACAGAGAGUGGCGCUGGCCUCUGGGCUCGUCCUUGCCGUGUCGCUGCUGCUGCCCAAGGCCUUCUUGUCCCGCGGGAAGCGGCCAGAGCCGCCACCGGGCCCGGAAGGAAAAUUGGGCCGCUUUCCACCUAUGAUGCAUCACCACACGGCACCCUCAGAUGGUCAGACACCAGGGGCUCGUUUCCAGAGGUCUCACCUUGCAGAGGCCUUUGCAAAGGCCAAGGGAGCAGGAGGCGGUGCUGGAGGAGGGGGUAGUGGACGAGGACUGAUGGGCCAGAUCAUUCCAAUCUAUGGCUUCGGGAUUUUUUUGUACAUCCUGUACAUUUUGUUUAAGCUUUCAAAGGGGAAAACUGCAGAGGACCGGAACUGCUCCACUGCCCCACCCGGAAACACCCACCGAAAGAUCACCAACUUUGAGCUUGUUCAACUACAAGAAAAACUAAAAGAGACAGAGGAAGCCAUGGAAAAAUUAAUCAACAGAGUGGGACCUAAUGGUGAGAGCAGAGCACAGACUGUGACUUCUGACCAAGAGAAACGAUUACUGCAUCAGCUCCGAGAAAUCACCAGAGUCAUGAAAGAAGGCAAGUUCAUUGACACAUCUCCAGAGAAGGAAGCUGAGGAAGCCCCGUACAUGGAGGACUGGGAAGGUUACCCAGAAGAGACUUAUCCAAUAUAUGACCUUUCGGAUGGUAUCAAGCGUAGGCAAGAAACUAUCCUGGUGGAUUACCCAGAUCCAAAAGAGCCCUCUGCUGAAGAAACAGCUGAACAAAUGGGAGAGUUAGACGAGGAGGGACCAGAGCACUUGAGCUGGGAUCGUCUGCCCACUGACCCCGGAGUCCAGAGAGAUAAUUCUGUGACCCUGUGUGACCCUAAACCCGAAUCAUGCUCCUGCUGUUUUCAUGAAGACGAGGACCCUGCUGUCUUGGCAGAGAAUGCUGGUUUCAGUGCAGAUGGCUACAGUGAGCAAGAGGAAGCCACCAAGGAAAACUUGCCCCAAGACUUUACAGCCGAAGGGCUGGGGACCAGCACUGAUAACACACAUGUGGGCGGCAUGUUGAGGAAGCGCAGCCCCCAGGGUUUUGAGUGAAAGCAGCCUGCUUGGGAAAGUAUCCAUUACUCUGUCACCAUGGUACCUUUCCUCAGUUCAUCCAUGGCCUGUGCCAUCUGCAUCCUUCUCUGUGUCCAGAUUCACAGUUCUUGGGCCACUACCAUGGAUACAGUCUAUCCUUCCUGGUGCUUGCACACCUGUCACUUUGUAAAGUAGCCUUUAGUGUGAACACGGGCCAGAAUCAGCUCUCUCUCCCUUCUUCUCCCUGUCAGAGACGCUAACCCACUCAGUAACUGUAUUUGGUUGUUUGUGCUUGCAGGUGGCAGCACCUAGGCAAACAUCUGAUCCCUCCUCACGAGCAACAGAUGAUUUACCUGUGAGUGAGUUACUGAAUGGGUUUGUUAGGGUAGGACAGUUGUGAAUGAGGACUGGGUUCGCAGAUAUUGAGGACUUAAGUUUUAAAAGUGAAGAUUUUAGAUUCCCAAAUGCCUUAUUCUUUGGGCUUUCAGCUGGUUAGUGGUCUCCUGAGAAGAGCAUGCUUGAUUCUGAGGCUAGGGGUCCAGAGCACAGCGAAAUAGCUGAGCUACGAUCUCUCCUCAUGGCCUUCUAAGAUACCCUGACUCCUCCAGAGCAGCAGGCCAUGACACAUGGGCCUCUUUGGAGACCAUUUCACUUGCAUAUUCCCUCCAUCCCUAGCUUCCUUUGUCCUUAUUCUGUUGAACAGAAUUGCCAAAUCUAGAAGGACCUUUGAAUGUCUUCUGUGGCUAGAGGGAGUUUGUGUCCCACAGAGAUGAAGUUGGAGGAUGCUUGGAUAUGGUGGUCCUUCCGUGAGGCGCUCAGGUAGCCAGGAAGCCAUGUCUUUGUGAAACAAGAUGGAACCUGAGAAUCCUAACAAGGGUGAGUCAGUUCAUUACAUGAAUUGAAAGUGAAAGGCCGUGUGUCUCCAACAGCAUUCCCAGUCAGGAAAUGGGAGACUCAAAAUUUAAGGAAUUCUGUGAAGCUGGAUAUAAUCUUUAGAAUUCUAUUGUACCUGGCGUGAAUAUGAUGCCAGAAGGUAGUUUGGACCACUCAGGAGCAUACUGCACCGGCUGUCAUCAGAAGCUCUGAGACCACACUAAGAUACUGUCAGCCACUAGAAAGCUUUACAUCUUAGCUGGGGUAGAGAAGACCCUUAGAGUGAGUCUAAAAUCGCGCUGCACUGUAUCAAUCCGUGUAGAAUGGUUGAUUGAACUUGUGCAGAAUGCAGUUGAACAUGGACCGAAGAUGGUCUUGGCAUAACUAAGUAUAAAAAGCAGUGUAGGCAUUCUUGUUUGGGCAAAUUGUUUUCUGGAUGGUUCUGGCAUCCACCAUGAGAAGUUGAUUUAGGAUAGCCCUGAGUCACUGGUUCCAGUGUUUGUUCAUAGGAUACAGUUCUGUUAUGAGGUAAGAACUUGUUUCCUUCUCAUUCGUUAGACAACUGCUCUGUGCUGAGUACUACGGAGACUGAAUUUGUACCUUGAAGAGUUUCAGUUUAAUGUGUGAGUCUGACAGAUGCACUGUGGACCACAGGAAGGCUUGGGAUUGUGAAUUCUUCAAGCAGAUUUCCCUGUGCCUCAGGCUGUGGAAUUUUAGAUCGGCUCCUUAGGCAGUCUGGGCCUGGUUUGGGCAAAGUGAGGGUAGUAAAAACACAGGUCUUUCAGGGCUGUAAGCUGUAAAUGAGGUAGUCAGUGCACAUAGGGUGGCAUGCUUAAUUACGUUGUUAGCUCAUGCAGAUCAUGUGGUAGCUGUUUUAUUAAUCACAGUGUGGACCAUAAACCAUAGGAGCAAAAAAGAACAGGAAUGUUUUUGCCAAAGUACCAGAAAAUUUCAGAAGACACUUUAUGGCAAGCUAAGAACAUGGCAAGGAAGAAAAGGACAUUUGGGCAGAAAGAGUAGGCUAGCAAGAGCAGUGAGUGGGGUGUGUAGAUGGAUAAUCAGUUGGGAAAGGUUUAGAGCUGCUCUGUUAUUAUUGGGGAUGAGCUAUGGAAACAGUUCCCACCAGAAGGACCAAUCCUUCGUGGUUCUUGCCACUCUAGAUGUUAGUUCGCACAUAGGAAUAUAUUUAUUUGUAUAUACUGGAAACUUUGAAGUACCUAUUAGUAAUUUGGAAUAUAGGCUUUUUUGUUUAUUUUCCAGAAUUGUAUCUUUUGGAUAGGAUGAUUUUACAUGUAUAUCCAAUCCAGGGUGGCCAACAUCAAGGGACUGUUUUGUUGUUGUGAUCUUUAUUUCUCAGUAUUAAGGGCUUUAUCAAGGCCCUGCCAUUAGGUCUGCAGUGACCUCUGGGCACCAUAGCCACUGCACAUCACCUAGGAGCAUGCUAGGUAAGUCAGGUGGGUGAUCAGCCAGAAGAUCCCUUAACUAGGUUAUACAGGAACAUGACUGUGCCUCAUUAUCUCAGGGACUAGGCCUGGAAGGUAUGCUGAGAUGUAGGGAUGGAUUUAGCCUCUAAAAGUACUGGCCUGCGAAGAACUAUGUUCUUUGUAUUUAGACUUAGGUGAUAAAAUAACUUAUGGUCUACACUCAGACACUCUGACAAAAGGAACCUAAUACUCAUUGCAUAAUUAAAUUUUCUCAUUGCUAUGUCGAAGGUAACAAUGCAUGAGGAACGUUGAGGGCAGUCCUUCAGGGCAGCAGGAGCCAGAGGACUGGUUCACAGGGAGCAGAGAAAGAUGAUGGAUGAUAGCACUUGACUUGGUUUGCCCCUUUUAUUCAGUCUGGGACCCCAGCUAAAGGGACAGUGCUAUCCAGAGUAAGGAUGGGUCUUCCUCCUCAACUAGACUUUCUUGUAAACAUCUUCAUAGAUAAGCAUGUUUCCAUGGUGAUUCUGAGUCCCAUAAGGUUGGCAAUAAAGUGUAAACACCAGAGGUAAUAGGUAUAAAACAA